AUGGCGUUUAUUAAAGAGGAGAAUGAAGACAUCAGGAUUGUGGAAGUGUUCACAGUGAAACAAGAAGAUCUUGAUGAACAAACAGGACUGAUUGCACUGAAAGAUGAAACUGAAGAUCUGGAUGAAAAUGAAGAGAAGUACCAAUAUGAAAUACACAAUGAUUUAAAGACUGAAGAAGAAUCCACAUUGACUAAUAAGACCUCAUCACAGAAAACCAAACCUAACCCUUAUUUCUCUGGUCAUCAUUGUGGAAAAGGUUUCAACAGUCAAACAUAUCCUGAAGACCACAUAAGAGUUCGCCGUGGAAAGAAACUUUAUACGUGCCAACUGUGUGGGAAAGGUUUCAGUCACCGACGACACCUUGAAGUCCACAUGAGAGUUCACACCGGAGAGAGACCUUUCAUCUGUCAGCAAUGUGGAAAGUGUUUCACUCAAAAACAAAAUCUCAGUAUUCACCAGAGAGUUCACACUGGAGAGAAGCCUUUCACCUGCAAACAGUGCGGAAACAGUUUCACUCAAAAACAUUCGUUUGAAGUACACGCAAGAAUUCACAACGGAGAGAAGCCAUAUCCCUGCCCACAGUGUGACAAGAGAUUCAAUGUAAAACAAAACCUUGAAGUCCACAUGAGAGUUCACACCGGAGAGAAACCUUUCACCUGUCAGCAGUGUGGAAAGACUUUUGCUCAUGUACAGUCAUUGAAUAGCCAUAAAAGAGCUCACACUGGAGAGAAGCCGUACGCAUGCUUGCUGUGUGAAAAGAGUUUCAGUCAAAAACGAAAUCUUGACCUUCACAAGAGAAUUCACAGUGGAGAGAUCUGCUUGGAUCUGAAAACCCAAGAUUCGACCUGAUGGGUUUGGGUCCAAAAUUUUGACAUGAUUCAGAUACAGGUCAGGUUUGGUGUUUAUUUUGAACAACAUUGAUUAUUGGGAAUGGUUGCAUUGGAAAAUAAAUGCAGUCUGGUUUGUUCGGACUCUAUGCACUUCAGGUUUGGGUAUUUUGCGAGCUUAGUGAGCGUGACAAUCGACUAAAGAGGACAAUGCAAUUCAAUGGCCUAAGCCAGGGGUGUCCAAACUUAGUCUUGGAGGGCCGGUGUCCUGCAAAGUUUAGUUCCAACCCAAGU